AGAGCAUGGCUUUCGCGCUGGGUCUCGUCGGCGGUGGAGUCUCCUCGGCCUCCUCCUCGGCUUUGCUUCCGGUCCGAUGCUCCGGCCAGGUGUUGGUCUCGAUGGCGGCGGUGUUCCGGCGGCGUCUGCUCACGGGAAUCGGGGCGGCAUCGCUUGUGGCGGUUGGAUCUAACUUCGGUGGCGUCACUAGCUUCAUCCUGGGUCUCAGCCCUGAUCUCGGCCGUGGUCUUCGCCUCGAUGUUCUUUAUCCUGUUCAGGGUUUCACUCGCUGCCUUGCUCCCAACUAUGGCUUCGAGUUCAUAUACCCAGCAGAUUGGGUGGGAGACAGAACAUUGCUAUACAGAAUUGUAGACAAAGCAGAAGCUCAGAGGCCUCUUGAUCCACCGUCUCCGAUCACCGGAGAAACUGCUGGCCGGCCGCCUCGCAAUGUUAAUGAGCCUGUAGUGGCAUUUGGCCCUCCGGGAUCCACCGGAGAGCUCAACGUCAGCGUCAUUGUUUCCCCCGUCCCUCAAGACUUCUCAAUAGAGAGUUUUGGAGGUCCACAGGAAGUGGGAGAAGCUGUGCUUAGAAGGAUUGCUGGAUCUAGGAGAGGACAAGAUGUAAAAGCCACAUUAGUUGGUGCAAAACUUAGGGAAGAUCCUGUCAAUAAUGUUAAGUAUUACAUUCUUGAGUUUCAAGUUGAAAGCACAGCGUUUCAACGCCAUAAUGUCGCCGUUUGCACCGCACGAGCGGGAAAACUGUUCACUCUGAAUGCUCAGGCACCCGAGUCCGAUUGGUCAUUAGUCCGGGCGAAGCUGUAUCAGAUUGCUGAUUCUUUUAGUCUCACUGAAGAUUAGGCAAACAAUGACAUGUAUGGUGA